ACGUGUCUGAAGUUCUCAGCACGUGUUCAGGUUAUUAACACGGUGAUUGUUCUACAGGAGACGAGUCCUGCAGCAGACGGAGAUAAAGAUUCACAGAAACAAGACGAGAAGAGUCCUCAAGACAAACGGAGUCAGGACAAGCUCCCGAAGAUGAGGAAGAGGAGGGGCUUCCUGGAGAGGGUGAUGUUCGCCUGCUCGGUGUGUAAGUUCCGUUCCUUCUACAAAGAGGAGAUGGAGACUCACCUGGACAGUCGCUUCCACAAGGACCACUUCAAGUUCCUCUCAGGCCAGCUGUGCAAACCCACCACGGACUUCCUCCAGGAAUAUCUGCUGAACAAGUUUAAGAAGACGGAUCAGAGAGUCGGACAGUUGGAGAACCACAGUGCUGCAAUCUGUCAGGUGUACAAAGAGCAAGACCUCACCAGAGAGCUCGGUAUGGAGCACUUCAUGAGGAAGGUAGAAGCCGCUCACUGUGCAGCUUGUGACCUGUUCAUCCCGAUGCAGCCUCACCUGAUCCAGAAACACAUCAAGUCUCCAGACCACAACUACAACAGGAAGGGGAUGAUGGAGCAGUCCAAGAGGGCCAGUCUGUCCGUCGCUCGCAGCAUCCUCAACCACAAACUGAUCGGGAAGAAGCUGGAGAGCUACCUCAAGGGAGAAAACCCGUUCACCGGUAACAUUGAUGACCAGGACCCAGAGGACUCGAUGGUGAUGGACGUGUCAGAGCUGGAGUUGACCAGCGAGGCAGCGGAUGGACAGACGGAGGAGGCGGAGCCUGCGGAGGGGGAGGAGGAGACAGUUGCUAAAGAGGAGGAGCCAGUAGCUAAAGAGGCAGAGUCGAGCCAGAAUGAAGAUGAUGCAACAGCAGAGGAGGAAAAGAUGGAGGAAGAGCAGAGGAACCAGGAAGAGGAGGAAGGUUUUGAGGUUGGAGAGGAGGAUGAGGAGGAAGGAUACGUGGUGCACGACGAGGUCGGUGAGGAGGGAUUACAGGAGGAGGAAGGAGUCGAGGCAGCAGAAGGAGAGGAGGAAGGAGACAAGAAGGAUGAAUGACUUUUGCACCCCGCCCCACAGUCCAACCAGUAACUCUGAGUUUGCCUCCUUUUUAUUCGUUGUUCAAUAGAUCCACGUUUCUGUGAAAUACCCCCCCCCUGUUAACCACCGGUGUAAAUAAAGUUUUGAUCAUGACAUCAUUGAUGUU